UUGUGGGGGGGGCAGGGCGGGUCCGGGUGCCCGGAGGGCCUGGGGUGCUGGCAGUAGCGAAAUGCCUGUGUUUGCACUGGGGUGUGGGGGGUGGGCCCUUCCCACAAAGCGCUUUGUUCUUGUGCUCAGAGCGUCUUCCUUAGACACCCGACAGUUAAGUGCAGAGAAAAUCAGAAAGGAGAUUUGACUCGUUCAAUGGUGUUAAGACAGAGGACAGGCCCAAAGCAGGGGGGUCACUGUGUCCUUGGUACAGUGGUUUGUGCGACUUUGGGCCUGGCCAUCGGCUGGCCCUGGGGAGCGGGGCUGCCUGGGGGGAGUGUGAACCCAGGGAAACAGGUAAGGGGUCCCGCUGGCUGCCAGCUGGGGAGCUGAGAUCACCAGGCUGGUCGUGCCCACAGGACGGGGCGUCUCCCACACAGCGCCUCACCCAGGGGUGGUUCCUAUGUUUAUUCCACCAUCGUUCCCGAGGGUCCCUGCAGGUUCCAGAGAGAAGAGGAAGCAUCUGAACGGCUUAUCUAGAGCAGCCAGCUUGUCCCAGGCAGUUAGCUCCGCCCUGGGGGUGGGAAGAGCCUAAGAGUGUUCUGAGCAGAAGCUCGCCUCUUCUCUUGCCUCUGCCUUCUGGAUGUUUCCUCCACGGCCAACUGGGCCCAGACCAAGCCUGAAGGAGGCAGCCUGUGAUGGGAGCCCACUCGGAAGACCCCCACCUGUGCCGGGCCUCCCGGCUCCUGGGGUUCAGCAGCCUCGUCCUCACCCUAGGCACCUUCAGCACUGUGGUCAACGGUUCUGGAACUCUUGGAUCUCAAGUGGAGGAUUUUGGAAACAUAGUUUCUCUGAAGGGAACUCAAGGUGGUUCUGUGCCAUUUCAUGUGACCAGACGUCCAGAAUUAGCUCCAGGAGUCAAGCUGGAGGAGGUUUCUUGGGCCAUUAAAUCUGGAAGAAACUACACGAUCAUGCUGCACGUGUCUCCUGGGGAAGAUGUUCCAAAAUGGGUCAACUUCCAGGACAAGUUCGAGAAGAGGGUCCAUGUGCUCAACACCACGACCCUGAGGAUUGACAACCUGACCCUUGAGGACAGUGGGCAGUACUGGGCUCGAGUCUCCUUAACAGGAGGAAGAGAAACGAACCAGUAUUUCCACCUCACUGUCUAUGAGCCCGUGCCCCGCCCCCAGAUCCUGGCCGAGACUCCAUCCGUCACACCAGACUGGUGCAAUGUCACCCUGGAGUGCCACGCCCCGGGACCCAGAGAGGACGUGAAUGUGUCCUGGGAGAGCAAGGGCCUCCCCAGGGAGCUGGAGCAGAGAGGGGUCCCACGACCGGCCCCCAACCCCUGGACCGUGGCUCUGAAGCUGCCCCUGAGCCAGCCCAGCCCCCGCAUCACCUGUGUGGUCAGCAACCCGGGGGACCGGAAAACUGCCACCCGGGACCUUGGGGACGUCUGUGCCCACGGUUCACAUGGGCCGGACGGGUCUGCCCACCUGCCAGCUAUCCUGGGGGCUCUGGUGGUCGUGCUGCUGAUCCUCGGAGCUGGACUGUACCUCCUGUGCUCACGUAGGAGGAAGCAGAGCUUGGAGCCUGGGAGAGGCAGGGUCGCAGGAAGAGCACAGGGACUGUUUUGGUGGCGUCUGUUAUGCAGGGAAGAUGUCCCGAGACCACAAGAAGUAGGGUUCGGGGGAACCACAUCUCGAACAGGAGACACCGCUCACGACAGUCUACAGUGAGGUCCGCCACCCAGGCCAGGGCUUGAGGGUGAUUUAACUGGAAGAAGCAGGGAAUCCAGCCUCCCCCCCCCCCCCCCGACACCUCUGUUGUGCGUGUGAUGCCUGCGGCCCUGGUCCUGCCCCUUCCCCGUCUGACUGCUCUCAGCAGGCACCGGAUUCAUCCAACCUCCGUGAAUCUCUAUGCGGACACGUCGUGCCCAAGUUGAGCAGAAGACACACAUCGCGGCAGAUCGAGGGGGACUUUCGUCAUUAAACGAGUCCAAAGCUGUGGUCCAGUUCCGCUCUGCCUCAGCCCCUUUGGCAACCGUCAACGGAGCCCACUCUCCCCAUGUCUGUGCCCCGUCCGUCAUCCUGUCCGGACCCUCGGCCUCUGGGACCCAUCGACAUGAAGCCUCAACUUCCAGCCUCGACCGGUUCACCACCAGCCAAUUGUCAGUAUGUGCAUUUUCUUUCCGUCUCUCUCCCCAAAUAUAUGUGUAAAUAACCACUUAAAAAAAAAAAAGAUGAAAUUUGUCUAAGACCUAUUAUGGCUUUGUAAUUUCAGGUUUAAUUUGAAAAAGUUUGUUUUCACUCUGA